CCCGCGCGGGGUUGCUCGCCGCGGAGGAGGCCGCGCGCGCCCGCCCCGGGGACCCGCGGCGCGGCGGCCCCGAGCGGGCGCGGACGCCGCAGUGUCCUCCGCCGGCGGGCAAUGCCGCGGCCUGGCGGGCGGGAGAAGCGCGGGGCGUGGGUGCGCUCGGGCCGCAGGAGGGCCCGCGGGGCCGGCAGGGGGCCUCUCCGACGCGAGACCCUCCGGGGUCGCCCGCCGGACGGGCCGAAGACGGCCCAGGUUGUGGCGCUGCCUCGUGUUUGGGGGGUGGGGGGGUGGGGGGAGGAAAACAAGUUUUAAUGAUAUGCUUAGGGACGGGACCGACGUUGCACACCUUCCGUGGUGAAUGCGCCCGAGGCGCCCGUCGGGGCCGGGAGCUUGACGGAGGUGUGAUUGCCUAUAUCAGUUCUUCCAGCUCAGCCUCUAGCCCUGCCUCUUGUCACAGUGAGGGCUCUGAGAACAGUUUCCAGUCCUCCUCCUCUUCUGUCCCAUCUUCUCCGAAUAGUGCUAAUUGUGAUAACAACGGGAAUCCCCAAAAUGGUGAUCUCUCCAAUAUAGAAGGCAUCCUGAAGAAUGAUCGAAUAGAUUGUUCUAUGAAAACAAGCAAAUCAAGCACACCUGGGAUGACAAAGAGUCAUAGUGGAGUGACAAAAUUUAGUGGCAUGGUUCUACUGUGUAAAGUCUGUGGGGAUGUGGCGUCAGGAUUCCACUAUGGAGUUCAUGCUUGUGAAGGCUGUAAGGGUUUUUUUCGGAGAAGCAUUCAGCAAAACAUUCAAUACAAGAAGUGUCUGAAGAAUGAAAACUGCUCUAUAAUGAGAAUGAAUAGGAACAGAUGUCAGCAGUGUCGCUUCAAAAAGUGUCUGUCUGUUGGAAUGUCGAGAGAUGCUGUUCGGUUUGGUCGUAUUCCUAAGCGUGAAAAACAGAGGAUGCUAAUUGAGAUGCAAAGUGCAAUGAAGACCAUGAUGAACAGCCAAUUCAGUGGUCAUUUGCAGAAUGACCCAUUAGUAGAACAUCAUGAACAGACAGCUUUACCAGCCCAGGAACAGCUGCGACCCAAGCCCCAGCUGGAGCAAGAAAACAUCAAAAGCUCUUCUCCCUCUUCUGAUUUUGCAAAGGAAGAAGUGAUUGGCAUGGUAACCAGAGCGCACAAGGAUACCUUUAUGUAUAAUCAGGAGCAGCGAGAAAACUCAGCAGAGACCAUGCAGCCGCAGAGAGAACGGAUUCCUAAGAAUAUGGAGCAGUAUAAUUUAAAUCAUGACCAUUGUGGCAGUGGGCUGAGUAGCCACUUUCCUUGUAGUGAGAGCCAGCAGCAUCUCAAUGGACAGUACAAAGGGAGGAACGUAAUGCAUUACCCCAGUGGGCAUGCCAUUUGUAUUGCAAAUGGACACUGUAUGGACUUCUCCAAUGCUUAUACUCAAAGAGUAUGUGAUAGAGUUUCCAUAGAUGGAUUUUCUCAGAAUGAGAACAAGAAUAGUUACCUAUGCAACACUGGAGGGAGAAUGCAUCUGGUUUGUCCAAUGAGUAAGUCUCCGUAUGUGGAUCCUCAUAAAUCGGGGCAUGAAAUCUGGGAAGAAUUUUCGAUGAGCUUCACACCAGCAGUGAAGGAAGUCGUGGAGUUUGCAAAGCGUAUUCCCGGGUUCAGAGAUCUCUCUCAGCAUGACCAGGUCAACCUUUUAAAGGCUGGGACUUUCGAGGUUUUAAUGGUACGUUUUGCAUCAUUAUUUGAUGCAAAGGAACGUACUGUCACCUUUUUAAGUGGAAAGAAGUAUAGUGUGGAUGAUUUACACUCAAUGGGAGCAGGGGAUCUGCUAAACUCUAUGUUUGAAUUUAGUGAGAAGCUAAAUGCCCUCCAACUUAGUGAUGAAGAGAUGAGUCUGUUUACAGCAGUUGUCCUGGUUUCUGCAGAUCGAUCUGGGAUAGAAAAUGUCAACUCUGUGGAGGCUUUGCAGGAAACGCUCAUCCGCGCACUAAGGACCUUAAUAAUGAAAAACCAUCCAAACGAGGCCUCUAUUUUUACAAAACUUCUUCUAAAGUUGCCAGAUCUUCGAUCUUUAAACAACAUGCACUCUGAGGAGCUCUUGGCCUUUAAAGUUCACCCCUAAGGCCUUUGUUUAUUUAAACAUGAACUGAUUCAUGCUAACUGUACAUUUUGUGCUGAAAUGCUUAUUUAUGUGUGUGUACCAUACGUGGAGGUAGAAGAGGCCUUGAGACUGUAGGCUGUCUCUGUAAUCACGCAGUAGCUGUUUGAUUGAGAUUUCUUCAGCCAUGGUUAGACAUUGACCGCAGUUCCCUGUAGACCAGUCAGCUGUGUUGCACUUAAACUGGAGAAGUUACACUGAAUUAUAGUCACACUGAAUGUUAGACUUUUUCAUCUGCCAAAGCCAAAAACCAUUUUGAUCUCCCUGUGGUACAAAUAUAAUGCACAAUUGCAAGUAUAUGAGGACUUAAAAAUUAAUCCUUUGUGGUGGAAGUUCUCUUGUAAGAUGGAAACUUGAUUUCACCACAAGACUGUUUGAUCAGGUGAUUGGAGACUUUGCAACUUGGGAGAGCUCCUUGUCUGUGCUCCACUCUGCCACCGCGAAAGUGUGUGAUCUGCCCUGGACGGGCUCGCUGGUUGUGGAAAAUGAGACUUGAUCGUGUUCCCAAUGCCCCACCUCACAGAGAUUCUGACAGAUGUCUAGGAAGCAUAUUUACCUCCUGGGAGAUAGGCACUAUGUAAAUACAGUAAAAGUUUUGUUAUUAUAAUUAUUCAAAUUGAUAUUCUUUUUUUUAUUUCUACGCAUUUCUGAGAAAUCAUUUCACAGUCCACACCAAUCUAUUAUUCAGGGUUCCUGCGUAUGUGUGGGGUAUCCUUCUGGCACACACAUUCAAAGCUAAUGGGUACAGUAAAUACAUAGUAUGUGUACAUAAUAUCUAUGUGAAUAUAGUUAUACAUAAAUAUAUUUCUUCACAAUAUUUUAAACUGUGAAGAACUUUAUCAUACAAUAAACUUAAAACAAAAGGUGUCAAAAGACCCAAAUUAGGUGCAUCUUACCUGUUGAUGACAUAACCAUUGCUUUAACUGUUUAGACAGUAGAGUAUUGAAUUCAUGCUCUAUUUUUGUUUAUUUAAGCAACACUUAAUGUAAAAGUGCAAGUGUAAAAGGCGGUUGAGUCCAGAUUUCAAAAAAUAUGUAUUUUAGAGUUCAUCUUUGGUAAAAUCUUUGGUUCAGGUACUAGUUGUUUCAAAGUUCAUUCAGAUUCUUACUUUGUGCUAAAAAAGUUGCGUUGCUGCCCCUUAUACACAUGCUGCAGCUUGAUGAUAAAUAUUUUGGUUCUUUCUGGAGAACCAACCAGUGUUUAUGAAAACUGUUUAAUUUGUUGUUGUGUGCCUGUGUGUGCGAGUGUGGAUGUGCAAGUGUGUUCUGAGCCACUUGUUUUUUCUUUUUUUCCCUAAAUAACACUACAGGGAUUUUUGUCAAAUUAGAUUUAAUCUAUAAUUUGAAAAAUCAUUUAAUGUGUGACCUACAGGCUUAGAAAUGGCAUAGUCAAAGAGAUUUCAUCCAUAUUUCUGAUAUUGGGCUUUAUUAAAUAGGUAAGAUCAGCCUUUUUAUGGCAGUCGGAGAAAAUCACCAGAAAGUUGAGGAUUUUGUGUAUGUUUUUCUUUUGCCCUGGAAGAUAGAAAUUAAUUGGAUUUUUUGGUAAAAUUGCUUUCUGUAUAAUUUUUGGAUUAUGUAAAAUUACAAAAAUGAAAAUAUCCCACUUUACUAUACUCAGCCUGUUACUUUAAUGACAUGUGAGCAGAAUGCCUUAUUUUGUAACCUUGUUUAACUUGUUGCUACUGGGACUUGAAUUUCUGUGGCACUAGUUAAGUAAGUUAAAAAAGAGUUAAACCCUCUCAUUAUUAAAGAGGAAAGGUGAUGGUGAUGUCUGUAAUACAAUAUAAACCAUAAUUGUGAUUUACCUUAAAUAGGUAUGACUUUUAUGGGAUAUACAGUAUAGUUUUUGUGAAUUCUUUACAUGAUAGCAUUAUCUUUUUAUAAUUUUUUUUCCUAAGAUAAAUGCAUAGUUUUCUUCUAUGGGGAAUAGAAACAGCUUUUUGAAGUAAUACUGAAAACCUCAAAGAUCAUGUUGUUUCUUAAUUUUUGCCUUUUGCAUAAGCCUCUUUAUAACAUAUAUCUUUAAAACAGUUACUAAGUCUUUAGGAAUGUGUAACCAGAGCUAUGUUAGUAUUGCUUAUAAAACUUGUUAGGUUCAAUAUAUACAUGUAUACAUCUAUAUAUAGGUAUAGAGAUUUGCAUUUUGUCUUGUAAAAUUUUAUUUGAACAAAUUCUUCCUUUAGGUAAUGGGAAACAAAAUUAAUAGUUCAUAUGCCACUUGUAGCAUUUCAGUAUUUGAAAAUAGCCCAAGAUUGAAACUUCUAAUUCUAAAGUUAAACCAGCAGCCUAUUACAAGCACAUUCUUUGAUUGAGUCAUUGGUUAUAAACCUACUAAAUACAGAGAAGACAACCGGUUUAGGGAACUCCUGAGUUGGUGGGACACUGUUGAUUAAUGAACAAUGUACUGUAUGAAUUAAGUGAUGCUUUAAUGCUGAUUUUACAUUUUAAAGUUAAAAUAUGGGCAUUAUGUCAGCAAACUUAAGGGCAUUAUGUCAGCAAGCUAAAACAUUUUUUUCCUGUGCUUUUAAUGUAUCUCUUUACAUGAUCUGAGUGAGGAUUCAAGCCUUUAGAGAGAAAUAGCUGAGGAAAAGGGGAAACAUCUUCUUGGGGUGAAGCUUUUCCUUACGGUUAUGGUUUAAUUACAGAUUCAAAAAUUAGAAGGAAAUAUCAGUGAUUAAGUGUAUAGCUUUCAUUACUACAUUUCAAGAAAUUUACCAUUGUAACUUGAUAUAAGAUAUGAUUUAUUUUAUGUAAACAUCAUUGCAAAGCAAAGUGUAGAAGCUCAGCUAGAUUUAUUACUGUGCACGAGAGUAAGUACCUAUCUCAAUUAUUCUUUUUCUUUUCCAAUAUAAAGUUUGCUGAAUGUACAAGAAGAGUUUAUCACUUAGGAUAUAGAAUUUUUUUAGGGGUUGGGGGGGGGCUCUGUCAGGAAAUUACCUAGAAACAAAGAUUGUCUUGAUUUGAUCUGAAACAUGAAACUUGAAGCUAUUCUUGAACUAACAUGGAAAAAUAAAAUGGCUAUUGUUUAAAAAAAAAACGAUAGAACUAUAUUGUUGACAAGAUAUGAAUUAAGUUUAUUUUCUACAAACUGUUAUUGGUGAAGACAUGGAUAAUAAUAUCUUCAUGUUUCUGAAAAGUAAUCUGUACAUGAGGGGAGGGAAUAAUAAAUAUGAUUUCUAACCAGG